GUUCUCCUCAUGUCUCCUUCCGGCCUUCCGCUUAGUCUCUCUAUUCAUCCAUGUCAGCAUGCGUUUCUUCUUGCGUUUAUACUCGAACCUUGACGCUCUACACAUAGGGACGAGGAACAGAGGAAGCCCGGUUUACCCACCAAUCAGUGAGUUGGCAACCCAGCGUCGGUGUGAUCCCUUUCCUGGCCAACUAAACUGACUCCACAGCUCCAGGCGCGCUUCGCUCCGCUAGGACCACCACCAACCGACGAGAUGGCCUCGCCGGCGAGCGCCGACUCCGAUCAGGUACUGGUGGAAGCAAAUGGCUCUACACGGACAUUGAUCUUGAAUAGGCCAAGGCAGUUGAAUGCCCUCUCCUCUGCAAUGGUUACAGAACUCAUGAAGUGUUUCACUUCUUACGAGGAAGACAAUGCAGUUAAAAUGUUGAUUGUGAAGGGGAAUGGAAGGGCAUUUUGUGCUGGAGGUGAUGUCGUUGAAGUUGCCCAGUCUAUAAAUAAGGGUGGCUGGAAAUAUGGUGCUGAUUUUUUCCGUACUGAAUAUUUGUUAAACUAUAUCAUUGCAACUUAUAGAAAACCACAGGUUUCUCUGCUUACUGGAAUCGUCAUGGGCGGAGGUGCUGGUCUUUCUAUACACGGAAGGUUUCGGGUUGCCACAGAGAACACGGUUUUUGCAAUGCCAGAUACGUUAUUGGGACUCUUUCCAGACACAGGGGCUUCUUAUUUUCUUUCUAGACUACCUGGGUUCUAUGGAGAAUAUGUUGGUCUUACUGGUGCAACAUUGGAUGGUACGGAAAUGCUUGCAUGUGGCCUAGCAACUCAUUUUGUCCAUUUGAAUAGGAUGUCGUUGCUUGAAGAAUCACUUAAAAAGGUGGACACUUCUGAUCCGUUUUCUAUAUGUGGAAUUAUCGAUCAAUUUGCACAUCAGCCAUCCCUGAAAGGAAGUAGUGCUCUGAAUAGGCUGGAAAUCGUCAACAAAUGCUUCUCCAAAAGAACAGUGGAAGAAAUCAUAUCCGCUCUUGAACAAGAAGCUCCAAGUCUGGCUGAUGAAUGGGUUACUGUCGCAGUUCAAUCAUUGCGGAAGGCUUCUCCCACUAGUCUGAAAAUCUCUCUUGCAUCGAUAAGAGAAGGGAGACUGCAAACUGUCGGCCAAUGCUUGCGUCAAGAAUACAGAAUGAUUUGCCAUGUGAUACGUGGUGACUUCACCAGAGACGGCUUUGAGGGAGGCAGGGCUAUACUGAUAGAUAAAGAUCGAAACCCAAAGGUCAUGCUACUUCAUAUUUACACUGAAACUCAUGGAUGCCACCAAGUCUUGGUCAAGUGCAUGAUGGGGUCGUUGAAAAAUAUUUCUCCAAGGUUGAUGAUCCACAUUGGGAAGAUCUGAGCCUACCCGCUAGACUUUACCACGGAAGAAGAAUUGUUCCCAGACUUUGAUUGAAGUGAUGAAGUCUCGUGUGGAUGUGGAGGCUUCAGAUGCAAGCGUGCACAGUUGUCCUAGUAAACAUGUUUCCAUGGAGAUAGCUGAUGAAAUAAAUCGAAACUAUACAUAAUACAUCUGCAGAUUAAUUUUUAUUACCACCCACUGAAAUCUUGAUCUUUGUAACUGUUAGGAAGUCUAUAUAAUCCUGGCUGUGGUUCCUCCUAAA